CACAAGGUAAGACAAAUCAAACUUGCAUGUGUUUGCUAUUUUAGCAAUUUGCAAUGUCAAACAACAUAAACAAAUAAUAAUAAUUUCGUUAUGUAAAGAUUAAGUCUCAUUUGUUUUUGUUUAAAUAACCGGAUGGUUAAAUCCUGUGGAGGAAAUUGUUUUAUGUUACAGUUUAUUUGAUCCUGAUUUGAAUACCACGUUCAACGCGGUAUAAAUCUGAUCAUCCUGAAUCAAAUCACUUAUAAAACUUGUGUUGCUUUGUCUUGAUUUUCCUGUUGGCUUUUGCAUGCUGCCAAGACCUUGUUUGUUGUUGGAUUUGAAUGGGGAUGAGCUUGCGGCUGCAUAAUCCAUGGGGUGGAUGGUGGCCAAAAGAUGUGCUCUUGGUCGCCCUCCUGUGGAAACAUCGGGGGCAUUGCGGUUGCAGCUCUGCCUGUUUUGCUGCAAAUGGACAUCACACAAGUCGACCUCUAGCCUGUUUGUACCUGUGUGUCCACACGUAAUGCUAAAGCGUUGUUCUUCAUACGUAUGCAUGCAGGCCCCACUCACUGUACACUCAACUGAUAAAUAGGAUAACUCUCAAUGAACAGUUAUUUUACAAUUUGAAUGACCUUUAAUUGACACACAGGAAUGUCCCUGUCGAAAAAUGUAAAAUAUUUCUGUUAGAAAAUAUUAUUCGCACUCUUUGUUUGCACAUCAGUGUCGUUCACGGUGUUCCUGAACACGCACUAGGCCUACUGUAUAAUGUGCAAUAAAGUAGCAACCAAAUUUUAAAGAGUUAAAAUGCAAGGCAUGAGCAGGUUUUUUUUGUAAGAUAUACAUAGUGCAAAGGUAUAUGUAGUUGAAUGGUUCCAAAAUAAUAAUUAAUUUGCUAUUUUGAAUUCUCCUCAUCUGAAUUCUUUUCUUUGCAAAAAAAAUCCUAGUUUCACAUUAAUGUGUCGUGGAAGAAAAACCUUGCUGUCUGUAGAUAUUCUCCCAUAACUGUUAAUUUCUGUUGUAAGCAGUGUGUUUGUUGCUAUCAGGUUGAGACUUGCUCUGCUCAUCAUAUUUUUUUUAAAUGGCAUAACCAUCCCGAAUGUGACCAUUGGGAUUUUUACUGCAGUCGUGCUUAAUGAUAUUCAUUACGUCAUUGAAUUCAAAUAUUGUGGAUAUUCUUAUUCUCACAAGUGCUGGUGUGUGAGGGUGCCUGCAGAGUGCACUGCCCUCCUGUUUUUCCAACAGCAGUGGCCCCCUUGGCUCCCAGCCCAAUAUAUUUGACACCAGCGCGUACUCACUUCUUUCAUCUCCUUUCUUUUGGUUAUUUAGUUCCUGGGUGUGUCCCUGGCUCGACUCGGAGAAAUAAUUUUCGUGGGAACUUUGUUGCCAUUGGCCAGCCAUAAAUCAGCUGUUGGAACAUGACUGUUUAGCCAACACACACUGCGUGGUGCUUCUCUUAUUGUGGAUACACUGGAUGUGGGAGCCCGGUAUUCACCCUUCCUCGCGUCGUGCCUUCUGGGGGUCUGACUGUUAACGCAAAGGGCACACAUACCUGGAACAGAAUAAAUAACCUAUAUCUCGCUCGUUUUGUCAGUAACUCUUGAUUGGGCUUGUGCUGGGUAAAGGGCCUGCUCUGGGGAAAUAGCACGUUAGGGGGGAAACAGAGGACAAGUCGCUGCCUUUGAGAGACGAAGGAGCCAUAAAAAUUCCACAAGGAGAAAACCAAACGGACGAGGCGUCAUGCCUCUAUUUAGGCUUCGCGUCUGUGUCAGGCUCUGUGCGGAUCCCCUGUUCUUCCUGUCUUCCUGCUCAGAAUUAACCUAGCCUACAUCAACAAUAGUAGAUAGUUGAUUUACCCGUUUCAGUAAGCUACGUUAGGUUUUUAACAUAGGAAAAAUUUUACUCAGUCGGGCCUGCUUUUUUAAAACGACUUUAUUUUUGAUUAUGCUAAUUAUUACACAUUCUUUCUUUGCUGUGCUGUAAUUGAUCGAAGGCAUUUUGGGGUUACUAUGUUUGCUUCAAUAUCAAAUAUAACAACAUAUUUUAAAAAUAAAUAAGUGGAAGAGAAGGAACUGAAAACAGGGCGCCAAUUCUUCGUACCAAAAUACGAAUAGCCUACAGCACAGAAACUAAAAAUAUAAAUGAUUAACUGAAUAUUGUGGUUAUUUUACAUUAAACAUUUCAGUUGCGUUGGCUUUAUAUUAUCCAUGAAUCUUUUCAAUUAUUUCCCUUUUCAGUCGUUUCUAAAUGGAGCCCCUUGUUUCUUUGAAUUGCAGAGUGUCUGUACUGAUCUCCACACGGUGUAGCUGCUUAUGGAAAAGAGAUUGUAUGUUGCUGUCAAUCUUGUGUUGAUGAUCUCACAAACAUGCAAAAUACUAAAACUGCAAUUUGAAAAUAUAUUGACUGUUUAAAAGUCAACAUGAACGAUGAUCAAGCGUAAUAAACUCGGGUUUCAUGCAAAAAAAAAAAAAAAGCUUAUAACAGGGGCUUAUUGUUUGGAAUCGUAAUUUUUAACUAGUUUAAAAUAAGCAGUAACGUGGGUUUCUGUGUGUUCAUAUGCAGCCUAUAUUUAAAGGUAUUAAUUCUUCAGUGUGGCAUAAAGGACAGGCCUUGAAUGGCAGUCUGUCAUAUUAUUCGACAAUGUGGUGUUUGGCUUUUAUCUUUUCCCUAAACAUUUAUUCAUUAGUCUUUUCCCACACGAGUGCUUGUUCACUUGUUUUAUUGCUAUAAGAAAAAGCGUAAGAAAACACGCAGCCCUGUUUUGAAUGGGCUUUUAUUCUAUUAACUGCGCAGACUAUUUGCACUCAUCGCCUAUCAUAGCAUGCAUAACAGAUUCUGAUCGAAUUAUUCCUGUACACUUUCCUCGCAGAGAUUGCACUCUCAGCGUGUCACUUGUUGUAUUGUUUAGGAGCCCGUUGAUUUUUGCCGCAAUGGUCGUUAACCUCUGAAUGACCCCGUGUGGAGCCCACGCCUCAGAAAGCGCCGCAGACAGGCAGUGCAGCAGUUGAGCCAGAGGAUGGCGCACCACGACAAUUCAAAACACCCGAGUCCUGGCUCUGAGUAUGCCCGAGCCACGAGCGCAUGGAGGCGCGCGCCCUAAACAUCCCACCCAGUAUUUCCUCUGUGCACGAGUUUACCUCUGGAGGUCACCAAGCAGGAUUUACGACUGGUCAACAAAAGCACGUGAUUCUCCGCCGUACCCCAUAUUUGGGUGCCUACGUAAGAGAGAAUCAAGUCCAUGUCCCACUCAUUUCCAUAAUUCAUCAUAAAUUGUGCAAGGGUGCUAUAGGACGCGCUAAACCAUAAGAGCCACAAAUCAAGCCCACAGGUUUAUGCUAUUUUACCUCCAAAAACAUUUAAAAAAACAGCAACAAUACCUACAACGAGCAAACGGUGGAAUUGUCAACAAAUGAGCUCCUAUUUUGUGAACUCAUUCUGCGGUCGCUAUCCCAAUGGCGCGGACUUCCAGUUACAUAAUUAUGGAGACCAUAGUACGGCAAACGAGCAAUACAGGGACUCAACAGCCAUGCAUUCCAGCAGGUACGGCUAUGGCUACAACGGGAUGGACCUAACAGUCGGGCGGGCCGGUACCGGACACUUUGUGGGCAACGAGCGGACGCAGGGUUACUCCCCGAGUCACUCAGCGGCGACAACGCCCUCGGUGGAACCGGUCAGGUACACCCAGUCCGCCGGCAGCACCGGGACAUCGUCUCUAUCGCCAACACCUGACCCACUACCGUGCUCCUCGGUCGCCACCUCGUCCCCGGUCACCGAGGCUCAGUCUCAACACCGAGCCGUAAAGAACUCUAUAACGACCCCGUGCUCAACCCCGUGCUCGAGCUCGAACGGAAGCACGCUGCUGCUCAGCCGGGACUGUGUGUCCAAAGCUUCCCCCCUCGAGGAAGAGAAGCCUGCGGGAAGCACACCAGCAACUCCUCAAAAUGUCACCGACUCUUCACAGCCUCAGAUAUAUCCGUGGAUGAGAAAACUGCAUAUAAAUCACGAUUUGGCAGGACCAGAGGGGAAGAGAGCCAGGACUGCAUACACCCGCUACCAGACUCUGGAGCUUGAGAAGGAGUUUCACUUCAACCGGUAUCUGACCCGCAGGCGGAGGAUCGAGAUAGCCCAUGCCCUCUGCCUCUCAGAGAGACAGAUCAAAAUCUGGUUUCAGAACCGCAGGAUGAAGUGGAAGAAAGACAACAAGCUGAAGAGCAUGAACAUGGCGGCUGCAGGCGGGGGAGGCUACAGGCCUUGAUAUUCACUCCCCUUCCCCCUGAUAGCGGGCACUAUGAAAAUAAAACUAAGAUUGUCAUAUCAAGUUCUCUUCCUCCCAUUUCCAAGAGCGCCGAGACUUUGUUAACGGACUGAAUGCGGGACAGGGGACAACCCACCUAAGCCCACUGUAUGUCCAACAACCGUCCCAUUAUAUUGCUUAAUAUUAUUUCCUUUUUAUUUCCACCGUGAUAAUGCUUAUGUGAGUAAAAAAACGCACUAGGUUAUGUACAGUUCUGUCUAGAUUUAGAGGAAAAGGAAACCCAUGAAAAUAAAUGUUUGUUUAAAUUAUUUCUUGUUCAGACGAAAAAAAUACAUAAAAACGUCAAAGCUUGAAAUGCUACCUACCGCAAAUAAAUCCAGUAAAAGUUGUGUGAUGCUCUCAGAACAUUAACAACCUAAUAAAUAGAGGGUUGAGGUCGAGCUGCCUUUGUGUUUAGCCUUCGUUUUCUAUGUAUGUACUAUAUAUGUAUGUAUUUAUUUGUUUGAUGUAUUGUACCAACUUGUCAGAUAACUUGCUUCCAAAAGUAGAGCCAGCAGAGUACGUAAACCUUUGUGUGGUUAUUGUGUGCGUUGUGAACACAUGUAUGGACAGAGGUGCCGACUCAGUCUUGUAUGUACAGUAACUGUGCCUUGUAUCUUUUUUUGUUGUUGUUUUUUUAUUUUUUUUGCAGGAGAUACAUUUUGCAUCGUCCACCUGGGCGCAACAUCUUGGUAAAAAAGUGUUUUUCGUCUUUGUUUUCUCUAGCUGUUUUUUAUGUGGAGGUAAACACAGUACAUUUCAUUGCCUAAGUGUAUAACUCCAUCGUGAUUAGCUUUUUGUAAAUGUUUUUCAAAGACUGGAAGUCAAGAAUAUACUAUAAUAACAAUGAUGAUGAUGAUGAUGAUGGCCAUUAUAAUAAACUUUUUACUGGAACGGCA